CUCGCGCAGAUCCGUCUUGAAAGCGGUUGUCUCCGCGCCGAGACGUGUAUACCCCACAAACGAGGGAGAGUUGAUCAUGUUGCACUUUUCCUUGACCUCAGUCGGAAGGUCGAACAACUCGGGGAGUCGCGCAUGUGUUCGUUUGAUAAGGUUCUAUAUCAGUUAGGCGAGGCUCGAUUGACAGCGAUGUCCGUACCUCGAGUCCAUGGUUAGUCAGGUACAGAAAACCGACGACGAAGAUCGCCUCGCGAAGCUGGUCCAGAGUUUCAGCCCGAGUCUCGGGGUCCUGGAGUCGCCGCCAAUCAAUGAUCGGGAUGGAGGAGAAGGUAUCGGACAUGGCGACAAUGAGGAUCAGAGUGUCUCCAACCCUGGACAACGUAACCGAAAGUUUGAUACUAUACUUGAUAUUUUCGUUCGCAGCGCUCUCAAUAUCCUCAAAUUUACCUUAUAUCCCUGUAUGCUUUUUGAUGGGUCUCGGUCCGUUUGUAGACGACAUGGAUAUUUGCGGGCACCCGACAGGUUAGUAUUAAGGGCAAGUUUCAGAGUAACACAGGAACAACAACCACCAGAGACGCUGCUUCCGAUGUCACGUUUCUCAGCUUCUCGUUGGGGUCUGUCUCAGAUUAUCGGAGCAAAGAUUUGCGUGUCCUUGCUUUCCUUCUCCCACAACACCUCGGUCUGGCCUUCACGGAACCUCGUGUUCGCAUGGUCCUCGCAGCGGCGGGACUGGGCUUCGUCAACACCAGGAGCAUGUCAUUCUCUGCAGCGCUCGCGGAGUCCCCUCCUUUUCAGUACGAUUGGAUUGAUGGCGCCGAGAACCUUGAGAGAUACUCGCCGGGAGGCUACCACCCAGUCAUGAUCGGUGAUGUUCUUCGUUCCAAGUACCGCAUCGUCGACAAGCUCGGAUUUGGAGGCUAUUCCACGGUUUGGCUGGCCUGGGACAGUAUUGAUCGCCGCUAUCUCGCCCUGAAGAUUGGAAUAGCAGAUGCACCUUUGCAAGAGACAGACAUUCUUCGAAAACUUUCCAGCCCAUCACCAUCUUCACUCGCCCUCCACAGUCGCAGUUUUAUGCCCAUACUCUUCGACGAGUUUCAACUGCAUGGUCCCAACGGAACCCAUCAGUGUUACGCGAUGCCAGCAGCUCGAUGUGACCUCCGAGAGAUUUCGUACAGUCGGCUAUUUCCCCUUGAGGUCGCGCGCGCGCUAUGUGGCAGGCUAACCUUGGCUAUUGCCUAUAUGCACUCACAAGGAUAUGCUCAUGGAGAUAUCCAUCUCCGCAACGUCCUCCUCAAACUCCCAUCAAGCUUCGACCACCUGUCCGUCGAAGAGUUCUACGAAGAAUACGGCGAACCACAAUCUAUCCCAGUCACGGAGCAAAACGGCAAGCCACUUCCUCCGAACGUCCCAGCGAACGCCGUGAUACCAAUCUUCCUCGGAAAGCCCGCAGAGAAACUGAAACUAUCUGACGCACAGAUCCUUCUCAGCGACUUUGGCGAAGCAUUCGCUCCCGACCUACAAACUCGGCUCGGGAAGGAGUCUCACAUAGCACACCCCUUGCGUCCACCGGAAGCUAGAUUCGAGCCAGAGAAACCUCUGUCAUACUCGGCCGAUGUCUGGAGCUUAGCACUCGCAAUCUGGGAGAUUCUCGGCAUGAAGGCGAUCUUUAGCAUGGAGUUCGUCACACCAGACGAGGCAAUUUCACAACGAAUCGAAGUGUUGGGUCCAAUGCCAAAGGAAUGGUUCGAGCAAUGGGAGGAUCGUGCGAAAUUCUUCGAUGAUGAAGGCUGUCCUACUCCGGGUCGAGAGCUAUGGCCACCGAUCGAGCGGGGGUUUGAAGAAGGGAUACAGAAAUACCGACGGAAACGGAGGAUGGGAGAGUUUGGCCUGGAGGAAACCAUGGCGAUUGUGGAUCUAAUGCGCCGAAUGUUGGCAUUUCGUCCAAAAGAACGACCCCGUUGAAGAGAUCCUGCAGUCGGAAUGGAUGGCCAAGUGGGUGAUGCCAGACUACCAUCGGGGUCGUCAGAUGGAACGAUGAGACAAAUCCUGUUGAACAUAUUGGUCUAAUAAUUACCGUACACUCAUUGAUCGUUUGCAAGGACGCGCUGGUUGAUAAACGUGGUAGCCACGCCACAUAAAGAUUCUCCGCAUCAUGCGAUUUCUGGCAUGCGUGACGAUUCACCAUAUCGCCGCUGGCUUUUGAGGAAAUGCGACUAAUGAUAUGAGGAGAAAUAUGACCUAGAUCAGAAGAAACGAUAGUCUUACGCAGCUCUUCAAAACGCAUUCAUUUUCUCGGUCUCUACUUCUCGUAGACAGAUGUGAUAACAUUGGACACCAGAAUAAUCAGCUUCGGCCGCCCACCGCUAGCCUCAGUAUGGGCGACUUCACAAAAGAGGAG